GAUUAGCCUUUCAUACAACAUUACAUGGGUGCAUGCGACGAUUAACGGGCACCAGUCCUGAAUCAUCAAGUUGAGCUAUUUCAUUUGGUGACUGCUUUGGCAGCGAGUUUAGUAAUCGUGCAGCAAAAUCAACCACAAUUCUUUCUGCUCGCUAAACAGCCGGCCCCCUAGCCUCGAAUACGAGGUCACCAAACGGUCUAGGGUCGAACUCGUAUAAGCGAUGUACUAUGGCACAUCAAUACUUAUGGUCUGCCUAUUUGGCGCACGUCGUCUCAUAUAACAAUGAUCUUGCCCUACUCGUGCGAGAUCUGCUAUCUUGAUAGUCACUUGCUGGCACGAGACCAGUGAUCGGCCAGCAUAACCGCGUCCCUCGGAUAUCAACUUGUGAUGGCAAGUUCAACACACUCGAGACGGGAGCUGCAUUUCGUCACUAUUGAUUCCACCAAACCGAGGCCUAGUGCAGAUGCGAAACAACGCAAGUCCUUGCGGGCCUUUGUGAUGAGAGACUAUCUCCGACAAAAGAAUGAUCCUAGCUGGGAGUUUGCACCAGCAAAAGUGGACAGUCGGAUGGACUCGCAUAUCUCCAGGUUCCGAUCAGCUAAGCCCGCCUCAACGCCCAAACCAAAGCGUCGGAACAGAGAAUUGCGCCGCGUGCAUACACACCCAUCCACGCAUCGCGCACGGCGACUGGGCCCUGCACCGCCCGGGACGAAUGAGAGUGUGCCGGGACCUCUGGAGGCUGAGCACUCCUCAAGGAUCUCCCCGAUCCAUGAUCUGGACAUGCUAGAUCCUUUCCAAACCCUUCAAGUCGACCUUUCCACUCCCGAGACACAAAGUCUUCUUCAGUACUAUCGUACUUCUUUCUGGGCCAACUCCUAUGCUUGCAAUCCAGAAGGUCGCUGGAUGUCGGUGGCUUUGAUGGAUCCCGCAAUUAUACAUGCGACGCUGAGCCUCGUAGCAAUUCACAGAAGAGAUUGCUAUUCGAUUGAUUUGUCUAGAGAAUAUUUCAGACAUCGAGGAGAAGCCAUGCGACUUAUAGCGUCCAGAAUGAGCGAUCCAGAUCAAGCUACAAGGGAUGCGACUAUAGGCGCAGUAGCUAUACUCUCGAGUUCCGACCAAGAAUUCGAGUGGCCAGCCAAAGUCCAAACAGCUCAUUCUGUCGGUCUUGCCGACUUGAUCGCGUUGCGUGGAGGUAUCGACAACUUGAGCUCGAACAGACAUAUCCAGCGGGUUGCCGGAUGGUCUGACAUGCUUCAUUCCGCGAUGCAUGGGACCAGGUUGCGGGUCAAGAUGCCACGAGUCAUAGCCGAAUCCAAGGAGAGCAUUAUUGGGACACCUGCAAGUGGUAACAGUACCAAUCCCUGGCCGGCCGUUCUGCUGUCAGAUCUCCCAUCAUGUGUGGCGAACAUCUUGCGCCGAGUCCGGGUACUUUCGAGCUUGAAAUCUUUUCUGGUCACGGACCGCAAUCCCGAACUGCGUCGUACGUUUAGCGGCCUGCUCUGGAAACUCGAAUAUUCCAUCUUGGAGCUUCACGAUGAUGAGAAUGGCGAGAUGGUACUCAACGAAGGCAGAGGUAUAUUCCGUAACCAGCGAAUGAACAUGGCGGUAGGUCUCGCUACUCUCAUCUUCUCAUACUCCUCGCUGAGAAACCUUGUCGCACCAGUUCUCUACGACAAGCUAAGGGCACGAUUGAGAAUUUGUCUCUCGUCCAUGGACAGUUUUGCAUCAGAUUCGGCCCCUUCUUUGUACCUGGGAUUCCUUGAGGGCGGCGAAUUGGCAAUCAUGUUGUGGGUGCUGCAUCUCGGAUUACACGGGCCGUAUACGCACGAGGCAGAUAAGAGAUGGUUCGCAGAUAAGCUCGCUCAAUUGUGCUGGAACAAUGGCAUCCUGUCGUACGCCUCUGCAAAAGAAAAGCUUCAGAGCGUGGUCCCUCAAGCCCACGAAGCCAUGAUGAACUCGGAGCAGGAUUGGGAGCAGGUCGAAGUGUUGAUGUGGGAAGACAUCAUCAAAGUCCGUUAGUUGCAUGAGAUAUAAAGUGCUCGAUAAAAGCUAUCCCCCAUAUCCAGU